AUGGAGAAGCGCAGCGCUAGGACGGGUCUGGACGGAACUGUUACAGAGUUUCUUACUUACGAUGAGUAUUUAGACUCUAAGAUAACGUCAUUAGACCUUUAUUAUCUCGAGGAUGAGAAGUUGGCUCGCCAGGUGGUGGAGCUGGGCCUCAGGGGUACUGGCGAGGUCUGGAAGAGAGAGGAAUUCGAGAGCAGGAAAGCAGCUGCUCAGGCCUCCAGGCUCUCCAAAAGGAGCGAGCAGAAGACCCUGGCAAGUGCAGGAAAAGAACUCAAAGACAACUUCCUGAGAGCCCUGGCCGAGCGUGAAGAGGCCAACCGCAGUGGGAAAAAUCAUUCCAUAAUUUUCAUAAGGGACCACGGUGCUUGUGGACAGGAAAUAUCUGGGUAUAUAGACUACGCCCACAGACUUAAACGUGAAGACUUUGAACCGUAUUUCAGUGGGGAAAAAAAGCUUUUGCCACGACCAAAUGACUUAAGUUUUUACAACUGGAAAACAAAUGAAGUUGCUGGAUGUGACAGUGAAAACUACCAGGUGAUUGCUAACAACUCAACCGGUGUACUCUUCAAGAAUAAAAAGGACCGAAAUAUUGUGAAUAUUGACCCAGAGGAAUCAUCGUCUGAACACUCUCCCAGAAUGCCCCUUAAGUCUGACAUCUAUCUUCAUGUUGCUAUCUUUGACCAUUAUAUCAAGUGUACAGUCUGACACACUCUGUAAUUACAGGACUGGCUGCUUAGACAUUGUAUAGUGUGUGGUGUGUGGUGCUGAUACUGCUUACUCCAUCUUUCCAAAAAUCCACAUUAUGGAUGGCUGGAGAAACAUUUAGUCAUUGGAUAUUUAGUAGUUAUAUUUUUUUGGCUUUUUCAACUUUUUCUUACUUUAGCCUCUCCCUCCAGGCUAAACACCGUUAGCUUGUUUCAGUUCCUGUAAUAGUGCUGAUUGAGCUAUUGAGUAAAAUUGCUGAUUCUGAUCCUAAACAAAUAUGUAGCAAUAAACAAUUCUCUAGA